CAUCCUCCUAGGUAAUUUCUACAAGCUCGAACAAGCAUCAACACCAUAUUAAAAUGGCAGCCAAACGAGAUCUCGAGGACCUCGAUGAAGGCGAAGUAUUAGCCCCUCAACCAAAGCGACCAAAGAAACAAGGCGGCAAAACGCGACAGCACCAAAACUCUGGCAUCGACCCAACCUGGGGCCAGAAAUAUGUCUUCGCAGGAAACGGCCAUACAACCACGAUCCCGGAGGGAGAAGAGGACGAUUUCGAAGAUGAUUCAGAAGCGAUGGCGUAUUUAAACUCUGUCAGAGCACAGAUGCUGAUAUGGUGAGUAUUAUAGACAAGAAGCGAACGGGAUACCCCAUCUCCUCGUUGCGCCAAAAGUUCAAAUAGGACCCCAGCUCCCCCCCGAACUCCGAAACGACGACCAAGAACAAGACGAGCAACCUAUCGACAGGACUGUAUACAAUAAUGGUGUUGGCGAUUCUCGGGGCUGGUAUGAAGACGGCGCAUAUAUGGCAAUGCCCGACAACGCGGCUGAAGAGGACGAUUACGAAGACGGCGAAUACCCAGAUGACUACGACGAUGAUUGCGACGAAGAAGCUGCCCUGAAUGAAUCUUACUUUGCAUCGGUUAUGGACCAAUAUCUCCGCUUACGGUCGAUUCUUCACGCCGAUCUUCCCUCCAACGCCGUCUCCCGUGUCGUCAAGGCCCAACUAAAAACUGAUGCACCUGCGGAAAAUCAAUCCGCGGUGAUAGCUACAUGGUCACGGCUCCUUCGUGAAACCGAUCCCCACCCACUUCAAGUCGCCCUUAUGUCUAAAGACACUACACUACGCAUCCUGCGCAUUCUUCUUGGUGGUAAAUUCCUUCGUCAAGGGUAUACGCUUCCAGAACGUACAAGCCGUUGGAUCUGGGCACUGCUUGCUAGAAUGCCGGACAAGGGCGAGCUCAACUACGCCGAGAUUGGCUGGAUUCGUGACCUUGGUCGCAGAGCAGUCCUCUUAGGUCGGAGCCUAGCAGAGAUGGCGGCUCUAAGGGAGGAGCUAGCAGAGGGUGGACUAGGGGCCCAUGAAGCUGUUGAUGGAAGCAGCAGUGAUGAAGAAGUCCUAGCCGACCCAGAGGAUCUGGAUGUCGAAGGUGCUCUCAGCUCUGGGCAAGAUGAGGAUGAUCCAACACCAGCUGAGCCCGAAAAAGAUGUUGAGAAGACACCCAAAGUGACGGAACCCAUGACAAAAUCUCCCCCAAAGCCUGAUGCUGAAGAAGGUGAGAUAGAAGACGAAGACGAAGAUGUGGCUAUGGAGAUCGCGACCGACUCAGAAGCCGAAGAAGGUGAAGUUGCUGCCCAGGAGCCCCGGGAGAAUCUCGAAGCAGCAAAAGAACGACUACUUGCUCGGAUUAGCCAUGGAAUGACAUCAGAAGACGAGGAGGAUCUUGAAAAGGAGAGUGCUAAACAGCGACUGCGAGCGAAUUUACGUGCAACUCUUAAUAUGAUCUUGACGGUAGCUGGUGAGUUUUACGGACAACGAGAUCUGCUAGAAUUCCGAGAGCCAUUCGUUGGUAUGUAAGUUGGUGGACAAGGAUAUAAUUGUAGGUCUUAUAACGACCGGUUUGUUUUAUUUCCAUACAGCAUACAGCGAGUCCCGAUACAUUUUUGCCAUCCAAUAACAUUUAACCGCUCUGAAGCAUUAAUAUAUCAUAAUCCUGAACGCCUGACCCAAAGCUUGCGACACCGCGACAUAGCUUCUAGUGAACAUGAAACAUACAAAGCUCUUCUUGAGCCAAUGAACAACACUGUGACUUAGUUGGCUAGGUCCAUUUCGGGGUUGACGAGGAAAUCAGCCUCAUCAAAGUCAGAUCCUGAGUUCCGGUUGUCUUGACCAAAGCUCCUUAAACCGGCACCCUUUCGUGAAACUGGAAUAGCCAUGACUCGAGGGUUUCCGUGGUUGCCCAUGUCAAAGCUCGAGUCAAGCUCAUCGUCAUCCUCGUCGAAAAUUCGCUUUCGAGAACCGUCGUACGACUCGCCCUCCGCACUCUCUUGCGACAUGGUGAGCUCGGGGAUAGCAUCGAGGUCUGGUACAUCAUCCUCGAAUUCCGGCUGGGUGUCGAGGCCGCCGACCUUGUUGAUUCCGCAGAAGGGGAGAAGCUCUCGGGAAGCACCCUUGCCAGGUGCCUUUGCAGUAGCGGUAGAAGCGUUUACAGGUGCAUUGUCUGUCCAGAGCUUGAAAGCACUGGUGCCCUUUGUCUUGUAGCCUUCGGGAACGGACUUGCGAACUCGCAUACCGACACUGAGUAGGUUGGCCUGGACGUUUGAAGGAAGAGUAGGUUGCAUGGGCUUGUCGGCCUCAGCAAUCGCAGACUCAUCGGAUGAUCGGGCAUUGAAGAAGGAAGUGAUUUGACGUUGAGAUGGGUCGGCAGAGGCGCCGGCGAAUUGACGCUUGAUACGAGGAGUAGACAUGAUGGCAGAUUUGGAGCAAGUUGGUGUGAAGUUGUAGUGUUGAUUGAUUCAACAAGAAUCGUCAAUAGUUGUUACGCUGAUGGAAUGACGUUGCAGACAAGAUCGCAGUAAGCAACGACUGACAAGAAAGUCAAGUACAGAAACAGAGUUCAAGAGUGGUAGAGUGGGGAGUUUGUCAAUGGACAGAAUUGAAGAGAGGUAAGUUCUUGUAAGAACGCAGAUGACGUCGCAAUCGAGGGAAGAAAACAAGGGUUCAAAAGGAGAACAGAGCGAAGAGGGGCUUCUGGGUGAAACAAGUCGAAAGCCAAUAUUGGCUUGUUGCUGGGGUGAGGAAAAGAACAGGGUCGAGAAAGUGAAGUGCCCCUGUCCUGCCCCAAGACGAAGACGAUCCCCAAAGUGGCCUUGACAGC